AUGUCCCAAGAUCCAGAGCAGGCCAAGAAGCUAGAAGCGCUUUUGAAGAUGCUCGCGAUAUCAAAAGGUGAUACCUCGAAACUGACACAGCCGCAACGCAAGCAAUUUGAGGAAUACAAAUUUUGGAAAACACAACCCGUUUCUCGUUUUGACGAUAAAGUUGACGAUGAGGGGCCUAUCAACAGCUCCCAAAGAUCCGAGGACGUUCCAGACGAGCCAUUGCCUCUCCUGGACGAGUUCCAAUGGUGUACCGUCGAUCUGACUGACCCGGAGCAAUUGGACGAUGUUUUUAUCCUUUUGAAUGAAAACUACGUUGAGGACCAAGAUGCCACUUUCAGGUUCAACUAUUCACGCGAAUUCUUCAACUGGUCGCUAAAAGGUCCCGGUUGGAGAAAAGACUGGCAUGUCGGGGUCCGUACUAAGCAGAGUGGCCGUUUGGUGGCGUUCAUCAGUGCUGUACCGGCCACACUUCGUGUCAGAAACAAGCUGAUCAAAAGUGUCGAAAUCAACUUUCUGUGUAUACACAAAAAGUUGAGAGCCAAGAGAUUAACGCCAAUUCUUAUCAAGGAAGUCACCAGACGGGUCAACAAACAAGACAUUUGGCAAGCUCUUUACACUGCGGGAGUUGUACUUCCUUCGCCUACUGCCACCUGUCGUUAUGCCCACCGUCCUUUGAAUUGGUCCAAGCUUUACGAGGUCGGUUUCACAGGUUUGCCGGCGAACGCAUCGAAGACUCAAAUGAUAGCCAAAUACACGUUGCCCAAGGAAACCGACACCGCUGGGUUGAGACCGAUGGAGGAAAAAGACGUAGACAAGGUUUUCGAACUUCUCAACAAAUAUCAGUCCAGAUUUGAUCUUAUACAAGUUUUCACCAAAGAGGAGUUCAAACAUGUAUUUUUGAGCUCGAAGAAUGUGGUGUACUCUUAUGUGGUUGAAAACAACGGCAUCAUUACCGAUUUCGUGUCUUUCUACUCGUUGCCCUUCACUGUAUUGAAUAAUCCUAAUUACAGAGAGCUAGGGAUCGGUUAUCUAUUCUACUAUGCCUCUGACGCUGAUUUCGAGUAUCCUGAUCGGUUCCACCCUGAGGGUUCUUCGAAGCUACGCAAGCGACUCAAUCGCCUCAUCAGUGACGUCUGUAUCAAAGCCCGAGACCUCAAGAUGGACGUAUUCAAUGCAAUGAGUUGUCAGGAUAACUCUUUGUUCUUGGACGACUUGAAAUUCGGGCCUGGUGACGGUUUUUUGAACUUUUACCUAUUCAAUUACAAGGUUCGUCCUAUUGCUGGUGGUUUGAGAAAAGAUAAUAGUUUUGAUACCGAAAAGCGCAGCAGCGUCGGUGUCGUAAUGCUCUGA